AUGUUGGCAGUCCUUGAAUUUCUUCACUACACCGACAACCACCUCUACACCACCCAAGAUGAAGGAGACGAUGACGGUGGUUGUAGGUUUGUAGACGCGAUGGCGUUAGAGUCAAAUAUUUCUUUGCUUCGCCAAAGCUUAAAUACACUUCUUAAUAAGAUGGACUCUGUUGAAAAAGAUGAUGCACCAAUGUUAACAACUACAAAUUGGUCAUCCGAGAGCUAUGAUCACAAUAUAAAUCGAAGAAAUUUACACAGGAGCAGAACUGCUGUUUCAAUAUCCAUUCCUUCUAGCUCCAUUGAAAUGAAUCCUGGUGCAACAAAUCGUGUUGGCUUUACAGGUCCCUUGCUUAGUGAAAGAAAAACUCGUGAUAUACAGAGACAAGAGAGGGAGCCUGUGGAACGAGUACGCACUAAAAAUUAUAGUCAUCAAAGUGAGCACUUAAUGAAGUCUGGACAAUUGGGGAUGUGUGAUGAUCCUUACUGUACAACAUGCCCAGCUGCUUACAAAGCACGGUCGAUGUCAAGAUCCGAGGGGUUUCGCCACCAUUUUGAUGGUGUUUGGUAUGAAGGUGCAAAGCUGUGGGCAAAAGACAAAUUAUUGUUAAUUAAAAAUUUUGCAUUCGGGGUCAUGAAUCCACAUGCCAAAGCAGUUCAACAGUGGAACCAGUUCAUUGUCAUAUCGUGCUUAUUUGCCAUUUUCAUAGACCCCUUAUUCUUUUACCUGCUGUCAGUCAAGAAGGACUGUAAGUGCAUAAUAAUUAAUUGGCCAAUGACGAAAACCAUCGUGGUUUUCAGAAGCGUGACGGACCUUAUAUACUUCAUGCAUAUUCUUGUUCAGUUCAGGUUAGCAUUUGUUUCACCUGAAUCAAGGGUUGUAGGAGCUGGAGACUUGGUUGAUCAACCUAGAAAAAUCGCGUUACAUUAUCUUUCUGGAUUUUUCUUCCUUGACUUAUUUAUUGUAUUACCGGUUCCUCAGAUAAUUGUAUUACUUUUCUUACCAAGUGCGACAUCCGGAGCUACUUAUGCAAAGAAUCUCUUGCGAUCCGGUGUUCUUAGUCAGUACAUCCCCAGGUUAUACCGAUUUCUGCCUCUUCUUGCCGGCCAGUCUCCAAGUGGUUUUAUAUUUGAGUCAGCAUGGGCCAACUUUGUCAUCAAUCUUCUAACCUAUUUCUUGGCUGGUCAUGUUGUUGGAUCAUCCUGGUAUCUGUUAGGGUUACAGAGGGUGAGUGAAUGCCUUCGAGAAGCUUGUCGUCAAUCUACAAUAUUGUUCCCGAACUGUUUGAAGUUUAUAGAUUGCGGGCGUGGAGAUGAUUUUCAAUACUUAGCACGUGAUCGACAAUGGAAUAACUGGAAACAAGAUAAAAAUUCGAGUUCUUGUUUUAAUGAACAGGCCGGUUUCCCGUAUGGAAUUUACCAGAAAGCUGUCAAUCUCAUUGCCGAGGAUAACAUAAUCAGAAGAUAUGUAUAUUCCUUUUUUUGGGGGUUUCAGCAAAUCAGUACACUGGCGGGCAAUCAAUCUCCAAGUUACUUUGUUGGGGAAGUCCUUUUUACGAUGGGUAUAAUUGGCCUAGGGCUUCUACUUUUUGCACUUCUUAUUGGGAACAUGCAGAACUUCCUUCAAGGUCUUGGACGCAGACGGCUGGAAAUGUCACUUAGACGACGUGAUAUUGAGCAUUGGAUGGGACACCGACAUUUGCCAGAAGACUUAAGAAGAAAAGUUCGAGAGUCGGAGCAUUAUAAUUGGGCAGCUACCCGUGGGGUUAAUGAGGAGAUGCUAAUGGAGAAUUUGCCUGAAGACUUGCAAAGAGAUGUACGCCGGCACCUCUUUAGUUUUGUCAAGAAAGUCAGGAUUUUAGCAGUGAUGGAUGAACCAAUUUUAGAUGCAAUAUGUGAAAGAGGAAAGAUGGAGAGCAUAGGAGAAGAUGAGAAUCAUGUUCCAUUGUCAGAGGGCGAUGUAUGCGGUGAAGAACUUCUCAGAUGGUCCCUUGAACAUUCAUCAGUUAAUGGAGAUACAAGAAACGACAGAAAACAAGGAGGCAGAUUGCUUAGCGACAGGACAGUGAAAUGCAUAACGAAUGUGGAGGCAUUUGUUCUACGGGCUGCAGAUCUUGAGGAAGUAACAACUCUUUUUUCUGUAUUCUUAAUGAAUCAGCGUGUUCAGUUUGCCAUAAGGUACGAAUCUCCAUACUGGCGGGUCCGGGCGGCAACCACCAUCCAGGUGGCAUGGAGAUACUAUAAGAAGCGGAAAACCCGUGCAAAAACCUCACAUGGUCGUACUACUCUUCCCUCCAACUGGUCUGCUUCGCAGCAAUGGUUGUGGGAAGCUAGGAACUGA